AUGCGCGGUGCCUUUGUCGGCACCUCGCGGCCAGAGGUGAUCGACUGUCCCAUGCUUUUGGACACUGGCAGGUGCCGCAAGUACCGGAAGAGGUACGAUGAAGAUGGCGUGGUGGACGCGUAUGGCGACUCGGCAGACGACCGGAUCCUGGACCCGUUGUUUUCCGAGAUGCUGGCCGAGGGGGGUGAGAACGUCGAUGAAGAGGAAGAGGAAGAGGACGAGGAAGAGGACGAGGACGAGGAAGAGGAAGACGCGCACGAUUACGAGUACGAAGACAACGCGCUUGGGGUGAUGGACGACACGCGCCGCCGUCCGGUAUCCAAGAUCGUCGAGCAGGUCCAAGUGACCAACAGCUCCAAGCCCACGACCAACUUCAAGGCCAAGCUGCUCUCGUACGUGCGCGUCCUCACUAUCCGAAACCACCACGCAUGCCAGUGCCACACAUACGGCGCCGAUGCCGCCAAGCUCUUUACGGGGCUCGACACGCUGCGCACUGCGCCCGAGUACGUCGAGACCGUCAAGCUCAUGCCCGUGUGCGACGGCGACCGCCACCUGUGCCCGUUUUUCACCAACCUCGCGCCACGCAAGGUCGUCAUCCGUAACAUUGACUGCACGGGUGCACCUCUCCCACCAUGGCGGGAACACGAGUGGAAGAUGCCGGCGACCUUGGAAGAAGUCGUCUUCUUCCUGCCGACCAAUGGCUGGCGGUACAUUGCCGAAUUUGAGGAGCUGGGAACGGACCUGUUCCGCCUCGGGGCCGUGUUCGAAACGGCCCCCGCUGUCAAGGUCGUGUUCUACUCGCACUGGGAGACGUGGAUGAAAGGGUAUGGCAAAGGCGGGGACAAGAUCUACGUCGACCCCGAUUUCGUCAUCUACACGGUCCGCUACAUGGCGCAGUUUGACCGUACGCGCAAAGUGUACGGGCUGGAGACGAUCCACUGGGCGCAAAGGGGCGAAAUGGUCGACGUGUUCCGGCGCCACAGGCCACACGAGCACCUGGACAAUACCCGGCUGUGCAAGCUUGUUCGCGACGAGCUGCGGACGGGCGACCUGGCGAUUGCCAUGCAGGAGAAUGACGGCACGUUGGAGCUGCACGAGUUGCCAGACGUCAUUGAGUAUGGCACGCUCAAGGAAUACAUGGCCGACGAGGAGGGUCGCCGCCACGAGAUCAACGCCGACGACUAG